AUGCAAGUAGAUCCUAGACUAGCCGAGUGGACCAAGAUUUCUCUCACCAACUUCUGCUGUUGUCCAACUGAGAAGUCAUACCUCAAGACUAGUCAAGGUGAAAACUCUAACAACGGCCAACAAUGGCUCCCAAAAGUUUCAGGCUGACUGGAGUCAAAUUCACCUGUCAAGAACUUUGAGAGAACUUACUGUGCUGGAGUUAUGAGUUAUAACAACUCAUAUGCGUGUAAGCAAUCUAAUGACGAUGCAAAAUCUCUACAUCAAGGUCAUCAACAACUAGUUAUCUCUGAAUCAAAACAACAUGACGAAUCAAAAGUGGACUUAGAUUCUGAAUGUGAGAGCCAAUCCCAAGUCAAAACUUCAAGAAGACAUCGUUCAAAGAAUGAAGAAACUGAGUCAAUUGAAGAGUUUACGCUUGCAAGGCCCACUCAGAACUACAAAACCAGGAGAGAUCUUGUCUAUAAGGCUGCAUUCAGAAGGAUGAGGAAGUAUUUCAUCCAAGAUUUCAAAGAGACCACCAAGCAUUCUCUUCCAGAGACUGACUACCCAUCGAGACUUAGAGAGUACUGUGCUGUAAAGUUCCCAGAAAGCAACACUGACAGAGUCCUUGUGGUGUUUGAUUGUAUCGUCAACUCCAAAGGCAAACUCGGAGCCAUACCCAGCGAAGACAGAGACCUCAAGAAUCUGACUGAGAAGCUGAUGUACUUUUACUCUGAGAAAAUGUUCAAAAGGAUGAGGGACCAUCCAGAGUUCUUGGAAAUGCUGCUGCACUUCCUUAACAUUGAGGGAGUAAGCAACCUGAUCUACUCGGACAACAGAGUGUCCUUCCAGAGGAAAGUGAAGACCCACUUGCACAAACUCAAAGAGAGGACUCUCAGGAUGCUUCCGUCUGCCUCAGAAUAAUCUUAAUUUGUAAAACUAAUUUGGAUCUAACA